AAUGAUGGGCCCCCUGCUUGUACCUGCUAGGGCCCCCUACUGCCCAGAGCCAACACCUGGCUGUCCCCAGGGUGACCCCUCCCCACCUGUCUUCAGCCCAGAGAGGGUAUCCCACCUCCCUGUGCCCCAAAAGCCAAAGAGCGCUCCUCCCAGCAUCUGCCAACCAGCUGGGGAGAGACAGCAAUCCCUGUGCUGCUCCCUGUCUGGGCUGGGGGAAAGACCCCUCCCCAUAAACGCUCUCUUGUUCUUCCCAGGGGAGGGCACAGAUGUGUCCUUCGUGGCCAGCGGCCGGGCGCUCAUUGAAGCCCAUGAGCAAGUCUGGAGGCUGCUCCGCACCAUCUCUGAGCAGAUCACUGAAUGGAAAUGCCUCGCUUUCAGCAAGUUCAAUCCCCCCGUGGCUAUGGAGAAAGUGGCUGAGUGGCAGAGGGAAGCAUCCCGCAUAGAAGACGCCCUGCCUGCCAAACACCCCAUCCUGCAGGCCUGUGUGCACAGCAUUGGGAGCUUCCAGCAGGUCCUGCCCCUGCUUCAGAAACUGGCCAGCCCCCUCCUGAAGAACAGCUGCUGGUGGGAGAUCUUCACAGCAAUGGCGGUGAAGUGCCCUGGCAACAUGCAGUUCACGCUGGGCCAGCUGCUGUCCUACCCGAUCCUGGAGCACAGCGACAGCAUCCUCAAGAUCUGGUCGAGUGAGCGAGGGCGCUGCCGCUCCUUGGACAUGCUGCGCCGGCUGCAGAAGGCCUGGGCUGAAAGACAGUUCCGCCUGGUCAACUUCAUCCUGAACGUGCCCUACCAGGCCCCGCUGCCUGAGCACCCUGCCCGCCGGCCCCCCAGCCGGCGCUACCGCCCGCCUAAGCAGGAGUAUGUCUCCAAAGACAGCGGCACCUUUGUGCUGUCUGACACGGCAGAGCUCAAAGCCCUGGCAGAGGCAAGCCUGCUGACCUUGAAGAGCAUCAUCCUCUCACCCCACGCCACGGAGCUUCGGGAGGAGGCCGAGAGCUGGACCAGCACCUUGCGCAGCUUUGGAACCCUCCUGGAUGUCUGGGUCAGUUUCCAGCAGAAGUGGAUUUUCCUGAAUAUAGUCCUGUAUGAGAUGGACAUCAGUCUGCCCAGCAGGGAGCUGGAGUGCCUUUUUCAGCAGCUGGACGGCAGAUUCCGGGAGCUCAUGCAGGUGACGUCCACCCACCCACUGGUGCUGUCCAGCGUGAUGCCGCUGGCUACGUGCAGCCGGGAGAGUCGCUUCAUGGGAGUGCCCCUGCAGACCAUGCUGGACCAGGGCGUCGAGGACCUGCAGCUCAUCAUCCAGUCCCUGGAGUAGGUGCUGGAGGCCACACGCAUGGGCUUCCCCCGCCUCUUCUUCCUCAGCAACGC